UUUGCUAUUCGCUUGCCUGUUUCCUUUCCCUUCCUCUCCUUCCACUUCCGAAGACCGUACGAUUCGCGCACACAGAGCAUUUAAUAGAAGAAAAUGGCAAAGUCGAAGAAUCAUACCAAUCAUAAUCAAAACCGCAAAGCUCAUCGUAAUGGUAUUAAAAAACCGAAACGAUAUAGGCACGAGUCUACGCUUGGUAUGGAUCUGAAAUUCUUGAGGAAUCAACGUUUCGCGAAGAAGCACAAUCUAAAGCCAAAAGAACAACUGAAGAGGGCAGAAAAGCGAAAAGCUCUUCGUGAAGCUAAGAAAACUGCAAAGUAAAUUUUUACAAUAAAAACUGUGAAUACAAAUUUGUCGUUACACUGA